AUGCUUUUUUCUUUUUUUGGCUUUUUUUUUUUUUUUCUCUCUUUUUUCUUUUCUCUCUUUUUUUCUUUUCUCUUUUUCUUUCUUUUUCUUUUUCUUUUUUCUCUUUUCUUUUUUUCUCUUUUCUUUUUCUCUUUUCUUUUCUUUUUUCUUUUUUCUUUUCUCUCUUUUUUUUUUCUUUUCUCUUUUUCUUUUUUCUUUUUCUUUUUUCUUUUUCUUUUCUCUUUUCUCUUUUUUCUCUUUUUUCUCUUUUCUCUUUUCUUUCUCUUUUCUUUUCUCUUUUCUCUCUCUUCUCUUUUCUCUCUCUUCUCUCCUUUUUCUCUCUCUUCUCUCCUUUUUCUCUCCUUUUUCUCUUUUCUCUUUUUUCACUUUUCUUUUUCUCUCCUUUUCUCUUUUUCUCUUUUUCUUUUCUCUUUUCUUCUUUUCUUUUUUCUUUUUUUUGUUCUUUUCUCUUUUUUUCUUUUGUUCUUUUCUCUUUUUUUCUUUUGUUCUUUUCUCUUUUUUUCUUUUGUCCUUUUCUCUUUUGUUCUUUUUUCUCUUUUGUUCCUUCUUUUCUCUUUUGUUCCUUCUUUUCUUUUCUUCUUUUUUUUCUUUUCUUCUUUUUUUUCUUUUCUUCUUUUUUUUUCUUUUCUUCUUUUUUUUUCUUUUCUUCUUUUUUUUUCUUUUCUUCUUUUUUUUUCUUUUCUUUUUUUUUUUCUUCUUUUUUCUUUUUCUUCUUUUUUUUCUUUUCUUCUUUUUCUUUUCUUCUUUUUUUUUUCUUUUUUUUUUUUUCUUCUUUUUUUUCUUUUUUUUUUUUUUUUUUCUUCUUUUUUUUCUUUUCUUCUUUUUUUUCUUUUCUUCUUUUUUUUUCUUUUCUUUUUUUCUUUUCUUUUCUUUUUUUCUUUUCUUUUCUUUUUUUCUUUUCUUCUUUUUUUUCUUUUCUUCUUUAUACUUAAAUGUCAUUGUAUAUUGGCAGUCACCUUUCUCAUCUAUUUCCUAUUUUUACUAAUAGUUACUCUUUUGAAAAGUGUAGUUUUGAUAGCACUGCUGUCUGAUAUCUACAUCUUUCUUUCCCCUAUUAGCCCUCUCUCACUCUCUGUUCGCUCAUUUACUUUCUUUUCUGUAUUUUACUCAAGAAAAAUUGUUCUACAAAGGGCUCUCUUAGCCCGGAUUACAUAUACCCACCUUUCCCGUUUAAUUAUCUUUCUACUUUUUGUACUUGUUUUUGUUCCCCUGCUCUCACACCAUUAUCUCUCAAAAAUUGGCGAUGAGAGCAGUUCUGGAACCCGAACUAACUCCAAACCUGACCCUUUUGCCGGGGAUAUUGAAAAAACUGAAAAGAUUGAUCUCUACAUGCAUGUUGAAGAGCUGAAAAAAAUUCGUGCCUCUGUCAACAAUGAAUUGCGUUCGCUUGAGAGCAAACGUCUGCGUCUUCGGACCGAACUGUCUGGCUACAACACUAACAUCCAUCGUUUGAAAAAUGAACAUGAAAAACUGCAGAAGGAUCUGGAACGCCUAAAAAUCACAAUUGAGACAGUCAAGAUGGAAAAGGAGGAAAUGAUGCAGCAUAACAUGCCUGUGCUUUCAGCCCCCAAACAAAUACUCCCUAACAUUUCAGAUGAGGUAUACAUCCCUCCCCCUAAAUAUCCCAUCACAUGCCAAAUGCACAAUUGCUUUGAUUAUUCCCGCUGUUCUCUUACCUCAGGUUUCCCUGUAUACAUUUACAACCCCCAAAAAUACCUGAUUGGAAAACACACAAAUAUUGAUCUGCUCAUGUCUCUAAAACAAUCAAAGCUGAUCAAAGACUAUGCAACUCCUGACCCCAGUGCUGCAUGCGUGUAUCUUGUAUUCAUUGGGGAGCUUCGGGGAGUAAGGGCAAGAUCUUUGCAAAUGUUUUUCUCGGGCUUGCCAUACUGGCGCGGUGAUGGACGCAAUCAUAUUUUGGUCUCUUUCAGUCGUCGUGCAGCCGAUUCGGAACUGUUGAGUCAUGUGAACACAGGCCGUGCUAUCCUUGUUCAGAAUACAUUUGCUCUGAGUUCAUUUCGCCAAGAUUUCAAUAUUUUGGCGCCGCCGUUUAUCAAGGCCUGGUCGAGCAGCAGCAGUUGGAAAGACAUGACACUGAUGUCACCAAUCCAACGUAAAUAUCUUCUUAGUUUUGCUGGGGAGCACCCUGAUGCUAAAUCGGCUUCCCCCACUGUUCAGAAAACCAGAGUUGAUAUUGAACCUGAUUCAGACUAUGAAGAAAAAACUGAUCCCUUCUCCUUUGACUUUUCCUGCAAAACUUCAGUCAUGGAGAAGCUUGCCAUUUCAGGUGAAUGGUCAUACUGUGAGAGUGAGAACUUUCGCCGGGAAAUGGUGAAACAGUCCACAUUCACAUUGAUCAUUGCCUCAACAAAUACAUCAUUCAUAUCAACGCCCCUGCUACAUAUCAGACUGCUCGAAGCAUUAAGGUUUGGGUCCAUUCCAGUCAUUUUGGGCAACUAUGUUCGUCUACCUUUUGCGGAGCUGCUGGACUGGCGCAAAGCAGCAAUCAUUCUCCCAAAACCGAGAAUAACAGAACUUCACUUUCUUCUGCGGACUUACACAGACACCUCUAUAGCAGAGAUGCGUCGUCAAGGACGUUUUCUCUGGGAGACUUACUUUAUCACAUUGGACCGUGUAGUAGCUACAAUUCUGGCCACAGUGCGGACAAGACUUCAAAUUCCAGCAGCCUCUGCCCCUCAGGCACCUUCACCAAGUUUCCCUAAUGUGACUCUUGUACAAAUGAAGUUGGAAACUCAGGAUAUUGAGCCAGAGACGGACGAUGUCCUUGGACCAAUAGAACCUCCAUUUCCAUCAGAAUCAUUUAGUCAUAAUUUUUCACAAAUUCGGAUAUAUGAAACAUUUAAUCAGCAUGGAGAUCCUUUUCAUUGUUUUGCUUCAACACCAUAUGAACCUGUCCUCCCAUCAGAAGCAAAAUUCUUUGGUUCUGGGUAUGGAUUUCGUCCCAUAAACAAAGGCGCUGGUGGUGCUGGCAAGGAAUUCAGUGAAGGGCUUGGUGGCAAUGUACCCCGAGAACAAUUCACAGUUGUGAUGUUGACUUAUGAACGGGAAGCUGUGUUGGUCAGUGCCCUGCAACGAUUAAAAGGUGUACCCCAUCUCAACAGGGUGGUAGUUGUGUGGAACAGCCCCAAACCUCCUUCUCCUGAUCUCCACUGGCCAGACAUUAAUGUUCCUAUAAGUGUGGUGAAAACAGAUCGCAACACACUGAACAACAGGUUCCUACCAUUUGAUGUCAUAGAGACGGAAGCCAUAUUAAGUAUUGACGAUGAUGUUCACCUCCGACACGAUGAGAUUAUUUUUGGUUUUAGAGUGUGGCGUGAAUCUCGGGAUCGUGUUGUUGGUUUCCCUGGCCGUUAUCAUGGUUGGCACGCUGCUGAAAAGGCUUGGCACUACAAUGCCAGUCAUUCUUGUGAAUUGUCCAUGGUGUUAACAGGCGCUGCUUUCUUCCAUAAGUAUUAUGCCUACAUGUAUUCGUAUGUCAUGCCACAAGCCAUUAGAGACAAGGUGGAUGAUUAUAUCAACUGUGAAGACAUUGCUAUGAACUUUUUAGUUGCACAUCUGACCAGAAAACCUCCAAUCAAGGUCACUUCACGCUGGACAUUCCGUUGCCCUGGUUGUUCCCAGGCUCUGGCUAAAGAUGAAACCCACUUUGAGGAACGGCACAAAUGCAUCAACUUCUUUGCUAAAGUCUAUGGCUAUAUGCCGCUUCUAUAUACACAGUUUCGUGUCGACUCUGUUCUUUUCAAGACAAAAAUUCCACGGGACAAACAGAAGUGCUUCAGAUUUAUCUAA